AUGUACACUUCAGGGACGACUGAUGUACCUAAAGGUGUAAUGAUAAGUCAUAGUAAUUUCGUAGCAACAAUGUGUUUGCCUUUUGACUAUCCUGAAGAGCCUCCAGGAUCUCGAUUAAUUUCUCAUCUGCCUUUGGCUCAUUCAUAUGGUCUCAAAUCAGAAUUCUCUGCAAUAAUGCGUGGCAUCUCGAUUGGUUAUUUUAGUGGAGAUCAAAAUCGAUUAUUUGAGGAUAUUCGAGUUUUGCAACCUAUAUUAUUACCGAGUGUACCUAAAAUAUUUAACAAAUUAUAUAAAAAUUUAAGAGACGUUACAAUUGAUGCGGCUGGUGAAGAGGGAGAAAUAGCAAGACGUUUGUAUCAAAAAAAGUUGGAGCAUUUUAAUAAAACUGGAGAUUUGAAAUACGAAGAAUGGGACAAAUUUGCAGAAAAAAAGAUUGGCAAGAUCUUUGGUCCAAAUAUAAGGCGUUUGUUUAGCGCUGCUGCACCAUUAAGUGAUGAUGUUGUGGAGUUUUUAAGAAUAGCUCUUGGUGUUAUUUUUGAUAGAGGUGAAAUUUGUCUUAGAGGUGCAGCAAUUAUGAAAGGGUAUUUCAAAGAUGAAAGAAGAACAAAGGAAACUAUUGAUGAGGAGGGAUGGUUACAUACAGGAGAUAUCGGAGAGUUUGAUGACCGCGGUUGUUUAAAAAUUAUUGAUAGACUUAAAAAUAUAUUUAAACUAGCUCAAGGCGAAUAUAUUGCACCUGAAAAACAAAAGGUGAUAAUGGGAUUAUACAUUAUAGUUUUUGAUAAUAAAAUCAUUCCAUGA